AUGGGCGGACCCUCCGCCCCGUCCGAGGGCCGGCGCAGCCGCGGCGGCCGCGGCGGCCGCGGCCGCGGCCGCGGCCGCGGUGACGACGGCAAGGCGGGCGGCCGCGGCCGCGGCGGUGCCAAGGGCAAGGGCAAGGGCAGCGACAAGCCGAAGCCGCCGCCCAAAAAGCGCGACGCCAAACAACCGCCGAAGCCACGGAAGCCCACGCCCAAGCAGCGCGCCGUGGAAGACGCUCGUGCGGCGGACAAGGUCGCGAAAGCAGCUCUCGACGCCGAAGCUUCCAAAGCCGCGUCGUCGGCCCAGUGCCGAUUGGACGCCAUCGCGGCGGAGAAGCAGAAGAAGGCCGACGAGGAACGGCGCGCCUUACAACGGCGCCAGGAGGCCGAGAGGGCUGUUGCUGACCUGCGGACGCAGGCGUCGUUACGAGCGGACGCGCGACUUGCGAACGCGCCCGAAGCUCUAGCUCAAAGUAGGAAAACCCACCGAGAGAAGCUUAGAAGCUUAAAAAGCGACCUCAAGAAGUGCACGACUUUAGUGCGGAAAGUGCAGCUCGGGAUCACGGCCGACGAUGAGGCGAAGCUCCUGAAUGACAUCAAGGCGCUCAAUUUAACGAGGUACGUGUCCGAGCUGGUCGACGCGGUGUCCGAAACGAGGAAAACGAAAGAUCGCGACUGUAGCGCACUGGCUCGCGUGUGCGGCGCGUUGCAUUCGAGAUUCGAGACCUUCUCUGGCGAGGUGCAGAAGAAGUUGCUUAUUGUCGUGGAAGAACGCAGCGACGAUGCGGAUGACAAGAGGCAAAGGGCGGCGCUGAAAUUGUUGCUAGAACUUGUUUUGCACGGCAUCAUCUCAUCUGAAGUAGUAGAUCCACUUUUAAGAAGGUGCUGCGGCGUCGGUCCCAAAGGUAAGGUUCGAUUCCCCGUCGACGCUCCUUUGCUAGGCGCUUUUCUGAAGACGGGAGGGGAAGAGUUGUGUGGUGUGACUUCUCGCAAGGCGCGAUUACUCAUCGCGGAGGUCGGGGAGACGUACACUCGUGCUACCGUUGUGGAGGACCCCGCGUCGUUAGCGCAACUCGCUCUCGAGGCUACUAAACGCGUCUCGAGCAAACUACUAUCGGACCACGAAGCUCUGAGAUCCUUAGAACGGAAGGCCGCGCGGGACGCCCUGAACCACGGCUCCUUAACCGAAGAAAAAGAAAAGGCCCUAGAGGACGCCAGGAAAGCCAGAGAAAAGCUCGUGAAGGAAGUCUCGGCCUUGUGCGAUGCGCUAGAUAUCGACCCUCCCGUGCUCUUGGACGGCGACGACAGCGAGGAGGAGGACGACAAGGGCGAGCUCUCGUUGUGGACGGCGGAGCGCGGCUCUAGGUCCGAGUCUGCAGGUGCUUACGACGACGACGCGGCCAGAACGUUCUACGAGGACUACCCGAACAUUCUGGACGUCGUGCCGGCGCCGGCGCUGGGGCUGGAUCCGGCCAAGGUCGCGGAGUUGCAAGCUAAAAGAGAAUCGAUCCGGGCGCUGUGGCGGGGCGCGAAGACGCUGGCGGGCGCCGAGGCCGAGGGUUUGGAGAACGCGUCGACGGUCGUUGCGGAGGAUAACGACGACGUGGUCGAGCCUACUGUCGAGGAUAACGAACCGAGGGACGCCGUCGGGCUGUUGUUAACUGAGGAGUUACCUGCUUGUCACAGUCGCGACAGAGCAGAUGCAUUGGCCUUGAAAUUUUGUGAAGGUUUAGCUACGGGCAAAGCGAGGAAAAGAUUGGUCAAGGCUCUCUAUGCCUGCCCUCGAACAGCUUUAGAUUUGCUCCCCCAGUACUCGCGGAUCGCGGCCGUCGUCUCGCAAGCGUAUUCAGAUGUGGGCGAGUUACUAUGUCAAGAGUUAGCACGAGAAUUUAGGUGGCUCUUCAAGGGCAAAAAAUUACAUAACCUGGAGGGGAAGCUGCGGAACGCGCGCUUCCUAGGUGAAUUGUCGAAGUUUCGGGUCGCGCCGCCGCAUCUCGUGUUCGUGCAUUGUAAACGGUGUUUGGAGGACUUCUCGGGCCACGCCGUCGACUACUGCUGCUCGCUGAUCGAGACGUGCGGCGGGUUUUUACUGAGGAGCGCACCGACGAAGGAGCGGACCGCGCGCAUUUUACAAAGCAUGUCGAAGAUGAAGUCGGCGAAGCCCUUGAACCAGAGGGAUGCUGCGCUAGUUUCGUACGCCUGCGAUCGCGCGAACCCGCCCGAGAAACAAGCCGUCGUCUUGAAACCGCGGACCGAAUUGUACCAAUUUAUCGAGUGGCUCGUGAUGAUUCGGUUGUGCGACGGCACCGAGAAAAACGUCGAGAGCGUGAUACGGGCAUUACGAUCGCUGCCCUGGGACACGAACGAAGCGUCACUCAUAGCGAAGUUCGUGCUCAAGCUAGCUCGGUCGAAGGCCGAUGCCGUACCUUUAGCUGCUGAUUGUCUCGCGGGUCUCCAUCAGUUCCGGCCGGAGGUUACCGCGCGAGUGGUAGAUCAAAUAUUAGAUGAAUUCGACGAAGGUGUCUCCACACCACCGCCUCUACGAGCGUUGCGGACGGCUCAAAGAUUAGUAGCGUACGCUGCACUGUUGGGAGAGUGCUACAACUUUUCCCUCUUGAGUUCGGCCCAUGUCUUUGGUAUUGUGGAACGAUUACUCGGACGCGGUCAUAGUGUAACACCGGGCUUCGAGGCGCACAUGGCUUAUAGAGCCGCGAAGGCGUCCGAGGACGCGCGGAAGAAAAUCGAGAAACGGCGCGCCGACGCUCUUAUGAUGGAAAGAUCCGACGAGGAUGAAUCUGAGGAGGAAAGCGACGGUGAGGACAUCGAUGAAGCCGCGAGGAUAGCAUCAGCCUUAUAUCGGUUAGAUGAAGGCAUCGAGGUCGACCCGCGAGUCCCGUGCCCGGGAGAUCCUCCGUCGUGCUUUUUGCGCAUUACAUUGUGUUGCGCUCUCCUAAAAACGGCGGCGCCCUGCCUGUUAGCUUCGAUCACGACGCACGGUCCUCUGGAAAGCGCUUUGGAUGACAUCCAACGAAGUUUUUUUGCGAAGCCGUCGGCGCCCUUGGGUCCUCGAUAUGCGUUGUUAGACGCUUUGGAAGAUGUCAGGAGGCAUCGUCGGGCCUUACAAGCGUCCUGGCCGCGGCGCGCGAGACAGGCUCGGCGGCGAAACAGGCCGCCGCCGCCGAAGGUCCCGGACCACGUCUACGCGUUGCGCAAGGGCUGGGCCGCGGCCGACGACGCGUGUCGAGCGCGGUUGGCUGCCAAUAGAGCUAGGCUCAUGCUGCAGCACCGACCGGUCGCCGAGGAGCCUGUCACAGUGGAGGGCCAGCGCCGCUCGGAUAUCGAGGAGGAUGACGAGGAUGACGAGGACGAUGAUGAACAACAGACGGCGUCCGAGUCCGAGUCCGGGUCCUCGGAGUCGGAGUCGGAGUCUGAUGGUGAAGAGGAGGAGGAGGAGACCAAGGCUGUGGCCGACGACGACGCCGCGGAGGAGGAGGACGACGAGGACGAGGAAAAGCCGCCGGAGAAGUCGUUUGAUGACUUGGCGUUUGAAAGAGCCUUCGAGAAGACGAUGCUCGACGACGCGGCGGCGCAAAGAAGGCGAGUGAUCGCAGGGGCGGACUCGAUGGCGACGCCGUCGAUGCUGCGGCGCUUCGACGGCCAGUCGCUCGCGAAGUCGCCGUUCGGCGGGAUGGCGAAUUUCAAGAUGUUGAAGAGAGGCGCUAGAGGUCGACCGGAGGCGCGCGAGCUCCACGUGCCCGAGACCACGAACUUCGCGGCCCAAGUGCGGCGCAACAAAGAAGCACGGGAUGCGGAAGAUAGGUCGCUCAAGGAGGCGACCUACAAACUUGCUGCUCGGCAAGAUGAGGAUCCGGAUUAUAGUAGGGGGCCGCCGCAGCAGCGGAACCUCGGGAGGCGCUGGUGAGGUUUGGGGGAAUUCAUAGGUUUAUUUGUAUCUAGUAUUUCUCCUCCAUACGUUUGGUUUUCCCUUACGGUGCUAGGACUAGGGGGCUGAGCCCUCCCGGGGAGACACUGCGCGCCGCGGUCGCCGACCCGCGUCCGCGACGGUCGUUCGUUGCGCACCCGUCGAGCCGGGAUUUGUCUUGGGAGUCGUGGAAGGGAUGCAGUGGGCCCAUGAGAGGGCUGUUCUUGGGGGCGGCCGGGGCGACACGCUCCGUUUGGCCGCUCGCAGAGCUCUGUGUCAUUGGCCGCUGCGUGAGAGUGGCGACACGACUUCACAUCAAAAUUCAUCAGGAGUGCUACCGUGCAUUCUUUUCCCCACGCGCAACAAAAAAUUGCAUCAAAUGUCUAAACUGAUCUGUGCGCUGCUCCUCUCUACUGCUGCCGCUCUGCAGCCGACGCAGUGCUGUCCAGAGUCCUGAAACGAGUCUCGAUUCAUCCGUGUACAUCCGAUGCCGAUGAUCGGCGCAGCGUCGCGGCGAUCGGCAUGGUGGGCACAAGUACUAUUCGACGACGUCGCGCGCCGCUCGAUCAAUUGUGCAAAAACACUACCUUACGCUGUCGUCGACGCGACGUCCCAAACGCAGGUCGCGCCGGUUCGUCGUGGCCAAACUGGCGCCGGCGACGCUGCUUGCUCCGCUCGUGGCGUUCGCCGACGACGAGGAGGCCCCGCCGCCCCCGGCCGAAGCGGUCGCCGACGCCGUCGAGGCCGUCGUGGUGAAGGUGGCGGAGAAGAUGCCCACGAACGCCCGCCGGAAGACGGGCGACGGCAUCAUGGAGAUGAACGCCGGGGGCGACGGCGGCUACCGCCGCACGUGCGAGAACUUCCGGACCGAGCGCCUCGAGGGCGGAGUUUGCGUGCCCCGCAAGAAGUAGUGCGUAUAACAUCUUAUCUAUCAACAACAGGACAAAA